AUGACCACACUCUCCGAAGGCCCAAAUCCGCUUCGUCCAUACUACAUUCCUCCUUCGAUUGGCCUGCCUAACGGGCAGUCGGCCUCAAAGUUCCCUUCAAAUGGCGGUCCCUCGGCGGCUGAUGCCAACAUAACUGGCUUCAGGAGCUCUGCACGCGAGAUUCUCUCUGAUUUCGACUACUCGGAUUAUCUGGGCGAAUCCUCUCCUUCGGUGGCGGAAUCCAUACGACAGCUUCUCGAGAGCGCACUACGGAGAUACUCCCGCGUUCUGAUUUCACAGCCGUUCGAUGUCGCAAAGACCAUUCUUCAAGUCUACGUUGUCCAAGAUGCCGAACAAGAGGCGGGGCCCGUCGAUGGGGAACGGAGGCGGGAUCGAAGUUAUCGGGAGGGCACGUAUACCGACCAAACUGCAUACUCUUCGGAUGACGAGGACAGCUAUUUUACGCCAGCAGCGCCAGCCGCCACCGCGCCCGCUACGUCUCGUACCAAUCGCCCACCUCCUCGAAUAACAGACCGAAGCGGAUACAUCCCACAGUCCUCGAGACCCAGCUAUAUGCUUAAAAUUAAGGAUCCCUCUGCCCUUUUUGAUGUACUCGCGCAACUUUGGACGACAAAUGGAGCAACGUCCAUCUGGAAGGGAUCGACUUCAACCUUCGUCUAUUCCUUACUCCUCCCUACUUUGAAUACGUUCAUUCGAAGUUUGCUCUCAGCUAUUGUCGGCUAUCCGGAGGACAAUUUCUCAGCAGUCCUCGAAUCGGACAUUUUAGCAUCUGCAUCCCCCGGGAUAACCUUAGUUUUGUCCUGUGUUUCAGCGGCACUGACGUCGAUCGUGCUCUCACCAGUUGAUACGGCAAGAACGUAUUUGAUAUUAUCGCCGUCAGGCCAUGGACCAAACUCCUUAUUCCGCGCCAUUCGCCAACUCCCCACGCCCUACUAUUUAAUCCCUCCUCAUUUGCUCCCUAUCACAGUCUUGACUUCCACUAUCCCUACGCUACUCGCGCACAGCACCCCACUUUUCUUAAAGUCCUACCUUUCGUUAGACCCGGUUCUUAAUCCUUCAAGCUGGAGCCUUUUCACUCUUAUGGCUUCUGGCUUCGAACUAGCAGUUCGGAUUCCACUAGAGACGGUUUUGAGACGAGCCCAAAUAUCCACUUUCACAUCCCCCGUGUUAAGGCAGCAGCGCAUCAUGCCAACAUCCUCCGGCCACAGAGACGCUACGUCGAUUGUAAAAACGGUUGUCCCUACUCCACAAACAUAUCGGGGCAUCGUUGGCACAAUGUGGAGUAUUGUUUACGAAGAAGGCACGGGCAGGACUCCUGAAGCGGAUGCAAUCGAGAACGCGCUUGGUCAUCCCCCAGAAUCCGAAAAGGAUGGUUCCCCUGGGCGGGUACAAAGGCGCCGCAGAGGCCAGGGAAUACGGGGUCUCUAUCGCAGCUGGAGACUGGAAAUGUGGGGUAUCGUUGGAAUCUGGGGAUCUGGAUUCCUCGGGGCUCUCCUUGGCUCUGGAGAGGACGAGAUUCUGACAGGAUCGGGCUCAACUAUGGGCUUGGGAUCUGUUGGUAGUCGAACAAGUGCGGGGGCUUUUUGA